AUGAUCGCCGUUCCCACCCAAAAUGUGGUUCAGUUAGCAUGUGGAUUUUUCAUCAACUUUGUUGCUUUUAAUACACAAGGAUUCAUCGAAGAAUCCGUAAUCGACAGUGUCUCCAGAGACGGUUCUAUCAAUAAGCAUGCUGGCUAUUACAGUCUGGCGAUCAUCUAUGCAUUCUACACAGUGGGAAAUUUGACGGCCGCCCAGAUGGUGGAUGUACUGACACCGAAAUGGGCAAUGUGUAUUGGUGCAUUGUGUUAUGGAAGUUUUCAGUUCUGUGGACCGGCCAAGGCUCAUAUCUCUCUCAAAACUGCACCAAAGAGACCAGUAGCAGAAUGCAUUUACCCGACUUGUGUCUCGUUCACACGUCAAAUUGGGUACAACACCAAAGGUCUUAUGGCUCUGAACCUAAUAUGCAUUGGUAUUGGACAAGUAUCCGCCGGUAUCCUUUUAGGAACCCUUGGGGACAAAACUCGAAAACUUGGCCGAGAUUAUCUAAUCUUAUUUGCCACCUUGAUUCAUGUCGGGGCUUACAUUUUAUGUGCCCUCAACUUUCCAGCCGAUGCAUCAUUGACGAAAACUGACGAGUCUGGAAUGUUUUGGAAACCUAAUAAGAAUAUAGCGUUGGCUAUCGGAGUUCUAUUGGGUUUUGCGGAUUGCUGUUGGAACACCCAAAUUAUGUCACUGCUAUGUGAGACCUACCCAGAGAAAAGUGCACAGGCCUUUGCAAUUUUCAAGUUUUAUGAGUCUGCUCUCUCCUGUGCCACAUUCAUUUUCUCUUCACUAGUGUCUCUCUACUGGCUACUGGGCACCCUCUCAACAUUUGCAGUUUUAGCAUUAAUUUCAUUUUUUAUUGUGGAAAGAGAACGUGUAGAGAUAGAAACAACUACAGAUUCUGUGGAGAUUGACGUCAAAAUUUGA